ACCUACUCCCCGACUCUCAUUGUGUGAGCUGAAGGUUCACCGACUAUUUUUCACGUUCUCACGAACUGUAGCUUGGUUAACAAAGCAGAAAGGAAGAGAGGCUUCCGUUAGCACGAAGCCCAGCGACCUCGUCCGUGCGGAUGUUGCCGUGACGGCAGAGCAUCCUCCCAGCACUUAGCCGGCAUCGUCAGCUGUUGCGCCCGCAGAGUGAGCAGACAUGUCGAGAGCAAAAUUAUGACAAAUUAUGCCACGGAUCUUUAGACGAUAUCCUUUAACCACGAGUCAGUCGGAGAGCGGAUGCAACUAGAAACUCCCAACGACCCUCUGAGUAUUUUCCGCCCUUUGUGCCAAUGGAGAAAGCAACUCCACCGCCCCAGCCUCAGGUGCAGCUGUCAAUAGCCAAGACCGACAGUCCGGCGGACGACAUCUCCGGCUUGUCCGAUGAGGAACUGCUCAAAUGGACCAAGGAGGACCUGGUGAGGCGGCUGAGACGCUCCGAGGCCGACAAGAUGAGCGUGAUUCUGGACCACGGAAAUCUCAUCCGAGAGGUCAACCGCAGUUUACAGUUGCACUUGAACGAGAUCAGGGGGCUGAAGGACAUCAAUCAGAAACUGCAGGAAGACAACCGUGAACUGCGAGACUUGUGCUGCUUCCUGGACGAUGACCGCCAAAAAGGAAAGCGUGUUUCCAGGGAGUGGCAGCGUCUGGGCCGUUACAGCUCAAGCAUUAUGCGCAAAGAGGUGACCCUCUAUCUCCAAAAACUCAAGGAAUUAGAGCUUCGACAGGAGGAGGUCAUCCGUGAGAACUUGGAGCUGAAAGAGCUCUGUCUCCUCCUGGAUGAGGACAAAGGAAUAGUAAGUGGAGGUGGAGGAACUGGCGGGAGUGUUGGAAUGGGCGUGGGGUCCCGAAACUCCAUAGAUAGCCAGAACAGUUUGCUGCUGGUUCCUGGGCAGGGGCUCCUAAUGAGGGAUGUUGGGGAUGGGAGCAGCACCUCUAGCGCAGGGAGUGCUGACAGCUCAGAUCACCAUCAGCAUAAGCAAACUCACCUGACUGUCGGAGUGGGCGGUGUUGGAAAUGGCAGGGAAAAAGGGAGUCCUGAGCUGGCGCAUAAACCUAGAUGUAGCAGCAUCAGUGCCAUAGGAGGAGGAAUAGCAGACAGGGAGGUGUCAAGCCCCGAACACCCGGCCGGGCGCAACCGGAGUACAAGUUUGGAGUAUCCGUACACUUUGCCCCAACUCUGUCGACCACGUUGCGGUUCCAUAUCAGUGCCUGACCACAGCCGGGUCAUGCGAGGCUUGAGCCCAGAGAAAUAUGGAAGGAACGUGGGACGAAGUAGUCCAGAGCAGCACCCCAAGCACUACAGCUCUGACCUUCUUUUAGGCCAGAGGCAGCACUACCUGGGCCAGGGUGGCAGCGGCGACCUCUUUCAGAGGCACCACAGGAGCAGUAUUAGCAGUACUGCUUGUGAGAGCCCUGAGCCUCGUCAUGCACAUUUAGGGGCAAGUGAGCAUGUUGAAAAAGGUUGUAUAGUUCAAGGGGGCAGUCCUGAGACUCAUAGGCACCAAUACAGUCUGAGUCCUGACCAUGGGAAGUUUGGCAGCCCAAUUAGAGACGCGCAGAGGAGGUCAGCUGGAGACGAGUUGUCACCACAUCACCGGAGCAUCUACAACGGGAUGAAUGCUUUGAUAUCAGCCGGCUGCUGCACCAACAACUGCAGAAAUGUCAAACUAUGGGACAGCUUUGAUGCCUCAUCUUGACCUCGCUGCCACAGCCUGGCUCCUCAGAAUCACAGAGGUAGAGCCUUUUUGUGUCCAUGGUCUUGAUAGCCACAAACAUUCUGUGGCACCAUGGUCCAAGGCACCAGAUGGUCUGCUGUCUGUCCAUGGCCUCAUUCAUGUCUUCAGCGCCUGAAAACAACCUGCCUUCAUGUUUUCAUCUCUACUACACUGUUGAGCGCUUUGAGGAGAGCAAUUAGUUGUGUUUAUAAAACUAUGCUGCAGAUACAUGGAGGUCUCUCCUUGCCAAUUGUGAUAUGGCUAUCUCCUGCAGAGAAUUCACAGAGAUGGAUGCAUGCUGGGAGAUUUAAAGGACUAUGCUGUGUAGUUUGCUGUGUGCAAUGAGAAUUUAAUAGAAAAUUGUACAAAAAUUCCACGCUAGGUGUCCAAACUGGACUCUUUUCCUGCAACAUGAACAUCACUGUGCCUGUGCAACCUCCAUGUGGUUGGAUAAACAACUCCAGUGACACACUAAAAAAAAAAAAAUAACAAAGCUAGUCUUGAUGCAACACGUUACAUGACAUGGCAGUUUGACAUGCUUAAUUUUUCUGUAAUUUUAGAAUAAUUUUAAAGCAAUGGUGGGGCUUUGGAUUUCUUUCAUUACACAUAAACAGAAAAUCUAAAACAAACUUUGUCAAGUAACUGCCAAAAUGUCAGCUUUAUUAUUAUUAUAAUUACAAAGCAAAACUUUAUGUGCAAAAUUGUGCUAAAUUCUCACAAGAACAGGCUUGUGUGAGUGUUGCCUUCCAUCUGUUUACAAAUAUAGCUCGUUGGUGGAGAAGCACAUCAUUCAUCAUGCCGUAUUCUUUAACUUUUGAAGGUCUUUGGUUUCACAGUCAGACUCUUCAACUUUCAUUCAUUUUCAAAGUGUGAAAUUAGGACGUGCAAACUGAUGUUCAGUCUACCGAUGUCAAAUCCAACCCUACCAUCACUAUACCUUUCUUGUUAAAGCCAUCUGUUUCAAUUUACCUUUAAACUUAACCUGUUGGGGAAAAAAAUCUAGAUAUUCUCGCUAAGAAAAAACAUAUUUUCCUGUGUCUUAAACCAAUAUGAUCAUUAUAGCUGCUGAAAGAUGUUGUAGUUCUAUAAUAUGCAAUGUCCAUGUGUCAUUUUAUUUUGUAUUAAAAAUUUCUGAUAAAGCGCCUAGAUUGAAGCUACAAUGUUAUAUUUUCUUUUUUUUCUUUUUUUUACAAGAAAACAAAGUCCAGGUAAAUAUAGAUUAUUGGAUUAGUUUUCUAUAUAUCAAUAUAUAUGACUAUAUUAUGACCAUUAUUUUUGACUUCCAAGUAUUAGAACUAAUAUAUCAAGAUG